AUAUGGCCGCCGCGAAGUCCCAUUUAUUUGUUGUCUUCACGAAUUUAAAUAACAAAGGACGUUUACUUUGUUAUUUUCCUUCAUCGUAGUGCUUCUAUUUCUUUUGAAAAAGGUGCAUUAUUCGGAUUUAUUGAAGAGCGAGCCGGUGUUUAGACGUUCCUUAAAGCGGCUUCAACUUACGGAUGACGAAUUUUGUCUUGUAACGUACAAUAUUUUGGCGGAUGGGCCCGUUCGACAACAGCCAAAUGGCUACUUACCUCUGUCUAUGGAGGAGAAAUUAAAGGCACCAGAUGUCAGAGCAUCGCAAAGGCAUAAGCAACUCAUGAAAGAGCUUAAAUGGCUAGAACCGGACUUGAUAAAUUUGCAAGAAGUCGAGACGUCUCAUUUUUCGGUGCUUGCGGACGAGUUAGGUCAGUUGGGCUUCCAAGGUGUCCACAAGGUGCAUUACGAAGAGCAACAUGGCCUGGCAACGUUCUAUAAAACGGAGAGAUUUGAAAUGGAAAAGAGCGUCUCACGUCACUUUAAUAAGUUGAUGUCAAAGAUCUUUAAGGAGGAUCAGUUCGUGGACAAAAACAAACAUAAUGAACGCAUUGUACUGUUUUCUCAUUUUUCCGACCGAAAGACAGGGCGAUCCAUUGUUGUAGCAAAUCUUCAUUCGAUGUUUAACAGCUGGCGAGAACCGGACAAACAGGCUCUUCAAAUAACCGUUUUCUUGCGAGAGCUUCACGAGUUUCUCACGUCAGAAGGCCAUGGAAAAGAUGAAAACAUUCCGUGGAUUAUAAGUGGCGACUUUAAUACAUAUCCCAAUUUCCCGCUGUACAAUAUCAUCGCUACCGGAAACGUAUCUGACGAAGACAUCGAAAAACUGAAUCCUAACAAAUACCUGUACCCGCAAAUCAUCCAGAAAUCUGAGACAAGCAACAUCAAAACGCUAAUUCUCGAAAAAGGACGAAAGUAUCUUUCUCAUCCGUUGAGGGACAUAAAGAGUGCGUAUAAAACGGCUCUGGGAAAGGAACCGUCGCUGACUCAUUACCAGAUGAACAAAGAAUUCCCUCGUCUGUAUGGAUUCGAGGUUAUGAAGGGAACAUUGGACUACAUAUGGUAUUCUUCGGCCACACUCGGGGUAAACGCGGUACUGCGGAAUGUGAAAGAGGAAUCCUUAAAAGCGUUAGUCGCUUGCCCAAACAAGUAUUUUCCCAGUGACCAUUUAUCGAUGAAAGCAUGCUUCGGUUAUUCAUAGUCUUGAAUGGUGUGCUCGAUACUCUGAAAUUAUAGUUAGUUUAUUUAUUCCGCCCAUCUUGUACAUAUUGGCCAAAAAAGAUGUAUAUGUACAAUUGUAAAUAAGAAACUCGCGUUUGUUGAUGAUAUUUAAUAGACAUUGUAUUUGACAAAUCAA